UGACGACCAGCCAUACAUUUUGUUAUCAGGAAAUUUAUUACCUGUCUAUCUCGGGUACGAACAGGGCGACACAGCGACGGUCUACAUUUGAAGACAACAAAAUGGAGAAGUCAGGACCUCCACCAAGCUAUAGUGGUCCCCCGCCAUCCUACCAGGGCCAAACAAGUUCGUCAACAGUUGUAUUUGCACAACAGCAACCGACUUUGGUGGCAGUUCAGUUGUUUAGGGAAACACCUGUGCGAGUUACUUGCCAGUAUUGCGGAAGUGACGUUUUCACUUCUACAAUGUUUGAAACGGGAACCAUCACUUGGUUGGCAUGCGCAAUAACAGCCUUCGUUGGGUGCUGGUUAGGCUGUUGUCUGAUCCCGUUCUGUGUGGACGGCUGUAAGGACGUGGUCCAUUCCUGCCCCAACUGUCGACAGGUGCUCGGCCGCUACGACAGAAUCUAAGGAACCAGUAACAGGGUCCCCAGCCAUCAAAUUACAGUGUAGUUCAUGAUUGUAUUCGUGCACACAUUGUUAACAUUUUUUUUGAUUAUAGGACAAAUUUUGGGGAUUUACUUUGAAAUCAUUAGAGUAAACAUUUAUUGUUUUUGUUUAAAUGAUUUUCAUGAUAAGAAUUGUUGUAUAUGUUUGAUACGUACUUUAAUUGUUACGGAUUUUAAUUCUGUUUUUAAUAAAUAUCUUUUUGAUUAUAGGACAAUUUUUUGGGAUUUACUUUGAUAUCAAUAGCGUAAAUUAAAUUACUUUGUUAAAAUGAUUUUCAUGAUAAGAAUUGUUGUAUAUGUUUGAUAUGUACUAUAAUUGUUAUGGAUUAUAUUUUCUGUUUUUAAUAAAUAUAUAUCUUUUAAUAUAAAAGAA